AUGUCGGAAGAAAAGCUGAAAAUCGAAGCAGACCGUCUUUUUCGUCUAGAAUGCCUAGAAGUGCUCAACUGGCCGCCCUUCGCUCCUCUUCCCGACUUCAUUUGCAGGUAUUCUCUGCAGAAACACAAUGUUCUUUGAAAUCUGCGGAUUUCAGACAAAAUCCGGCAGCCGAGUUCCACAAUAUGGCAUCUAACUUGGAUUCCAUGCUACAACCAAUCGACGCACCGGCGAACAUCACUGCAAACGUAGAUUCUGAAGGAAAUAUCGCGGGAUUCGUAGAAGGCGAUCGAGCAAUCGUUGGCUCUUCGAACAUCUCAAUGUCCAUCAACCGGGCACCGUGCAACCAAAGAACUAGCCAAACGACGGGAAGUAGCAUCAAAGGCUCGCCGUGCAAUGUUCCGUUCAUGCCCGGAUUCUUGGAGGAACUCGACCAACUUCUUGGCGCGAAAAACGAAGAAACUAAUUGUGGAAAAGAGGCGAAAUAUCUGAAUUUCAAUAAUGAUGGUACUAAAUUGAAAAGAAAUGCAAAAAAAUUCUUCUUUGCAGCCCAACUUCUCUCCGAUAUUCCAACAAUUGGUCGAAUCCAACUCCCAGCCAUUAAAUCUUCACAAAAGCCUACACAAUCUUCAGAAUCCAAUGAAAUGGAUCUAUUUGACCUUCUGGAUAUGGUCUCCACGGCCGUUCCGGUCACUCAUACAGUUUUCACAACUCCAACUGUCAACGAAACAACAGAAGAGGAUGUGCCAGUGACUCCUUUGGAAUCAGAAGAAAUGAAGAAUUAUGAGUCUGAAUUGGAUGACGUGCCUUUGGAGAAAUUAGAAACGCUGGUAAAGUCGGAGAGUUUUGAAGGAGUUCUGGGGCAGAAAAAAGAAAAGUUCGAGUACGCGAGAAGAUUAGAUUUGAGCAGUGAAGAGGAGAAAGAGUACCAGACGCUCCUGCCGACUAUGGCUAGAAAAGUGAGCAUUCUUUUUUCAAAUUAACAGAAUUCAAAUAUUUUCAGUACCCAUUCUCUCUGGAUCCGUUCCAACAAGCUUCCGUUCUUUGCAUGGAACGAGGCGAGUCUCUAUUCGUCGCCGCACACACUUCCGCGGGUAAGACAGUCGUCGCUGAGUACGCGAUUGCUCUGUGUCAAACGCACAAAACUAGGUCAGCCUGCGUUUUGCUUUUCCUUGCAAUAUUUUAAUUUUAGAGCAGUUUACACCUCUCCAAUCAAAGCGCUUUCGAAUCAAAAGUUCCGGGAUUUCAAACAGAUAUUUGGAGACGUUGGCCUAGUGACCGGAGAUAUUCAAUUGCAUCCUGAAGCCUCCUGUCUCAUCAUGACCACCGAAAUUCUCAGAUCAAUGCUCUACAACGGCUCGGAAGUAAUUCGAGAUCUGGAGUGGGUCGUUUUUGACGAGGUUCACUACAUUAAUAACGAAGAACGAGGCCAUGUCUGGGAAGAGGUUCGGCAGAAUCUACAGGAUCCGUCUAAGAUGCUUUUCAGGUGCUCAUCAUGCUCCCAGCGCACGUAAAAAUCGUGAUGCUCUCGGCGACGGUGCCAAAUUGUGUAGAGUUCGCAGACUGGGUUGGUCGCAUCAAGAAUCGACGGAUCAAUGUGAUCUCGACUGACCGCAGACCGGUCCCUCUCGAGCACUUCCUUUAUACGGGGCAAGAUGGAAAAACUCAGAAGGAUCUGUUCAAAAUUAUCGAUCGAAAUGGGCAGUUUCUUGUAAAAGGAUACAAUGAGGCGAAAGAGUCGAAAGCUCGGAUUUACGAAAAAGAAAAGAGUGGUGGAGGAGGUGGAGGAGGUGGAAGAGGCGGCGGCGCACAGCAGAGAGGAAGAGGAAGUGGAGGGGGACACGGCGGAGGCGGCGGCGGAAAGAAUUGGCCGGGCAAGAACGACAAGAACAUCUAUCUGAAUCUGAUCAAUUUCAUGAAGGCUUCGGAUCAACUGCCGAUGGUUGUGUUUGUGUUCUCCAGAAAAAGGCUUACUCAAUUUCUCUCGUUCCUUUCAACUUCCCCUAUUCCAGAUGCGACGAAAACGCCCAGAUGCUUUCCUCGAUGAAUUUGACAACAGAAGUGGAAAAACAGCACGUUCGGACGUUCUUCUCGCAAUGCGUUCAACGUCUGAAAGGCUCCGACAAGGAACUGCCACAAGUGCUCACAAUGCGAGAGCUCUGUCUACGUGGAUUCGCCGUCCAUCACUCGGGCAUUCUGCCGAUUCUGAAGGAAGUCGUCGAGCUGCUCUUUCAAAAGGGAUACGUUAAAGUUUGCAUCCGUCCUGAUAAUCAGAUCAUCAUUUGUCUUUCAGAUUCUUUUCGCGACAGAAACGUUCGCGAUGGGUGUGAACAUGCCCGCGAGAUGCGUCGUUUUCGACAGUAUCAUCAAGCACGACGGCACGGAACGGCGCGUUCUAAACCCGGGAGAAUACACCCAGAUGGCCGGAAGAGCCGGCCGACGAGGCCUCGACUCGACCGGAACUGUCAUUGUCAUUUGCAAAGACGCGACGGUGCCGCAGAACGACGUGCUCAAAAACGUGAUGUGCGGCUCGGCGCUCCGAUUGGAAAGCAAGUUCAGAGUCACAUAUUCGAUGAUUCUCAACCUUCUGAGAGUCGAACAGCUGAAGAUUGAGGACAUGUUACAAAGGAGUUACGUGGAAAGCGACUCGCUUCGAGAAUCCAAAGACAAGCGCAAAAUUCUCGUGGAGACGAAAGAGCAGCUCUCUCAGAUUGCCCCGAUCGACUGUGCAGUCUGUUCCCCUCAGUCCCCACAAACGGGCGCCGGGUUGAGAGCCUAUCACGAUGCUCUUGUACAGUAUUCCACGUUCCGAGCAGCCCUCUGGCCGAAGCUGAACGAACAGGUGGAAGUAAAUAAACUGCUCUCUUCUGGAAGGUUCCUGAUUGUGAGCAGUGCGGCACAUCAGCUGCAAAAUGCGUGUGUCAUGCUUGUUAAGGAGUUGAGCAACAAGCAGUUGCAGGUGCUCUCAUUAAAAUAAAUACUUUGAGAAACUGAGUUUUUCAGGUAUUCGUUCCCUCCAAAGAUUCGGAAGAAACGUACCGAAAUAAUGCAGAGUACACCAAGUUCCUGCAGAUUCCAAAGGCUGUCAGUGUGUUGCAUUCCCAUCAAUUCCUACAAUUUCCAUUCAGGAAGCCCGUUGGCUCAAUGAGCAAAACGACCUGCUCGCAAUCAACAAAUACAUCACCACUGGCGCCAGCGUGUGUCCGUCGAAUGCUCAAAGCUUCCGACUUUGCGAAGUUCCCGUGUCGGCGGUGGUCGCAAUUCUGAAGAGAAUGGCGAACAAAGUGCAGAGCGCAGAGAUUCUACAAGAAUACAAUGUGCUUAUGAUCCCGAGAUUCAGAGACCGUCAGCUCUCGGAGAAUUCCAUGAAGACAAUCCACCAACUGAAGACUGCUUCUGCUGAAAUUUCGAACAAGAAAACAGAGGUGAGAAUUGCUGAAAAGACAGGGAAUUAGACCUUCUUUCGUGGUAAGUUUCAGAUAGUGACUAUGGAAGAGCUCGUCAAAAAGUGCCACGACUUUGAAGUUCGACUUGAGGCAGAGCAGCUGUAUUCAAUUGAGCACACACUUAGUGAAUCGAAUAUUCUGUCGGCGAAGCACUGUACUCGAUUCGAGGAGCAUGUAAUUCAUUUUAUUUCGGAAUCUAAAACACUUGAGAAAUCUGUGUUGUUUUCAGUUUAACCUUCUCCGUGAACGCAUCAAAGUGGAAAGGAAAGUGAGACUUCUGGAGUAUGAACUCUCCAGCGAUGCCCUUUUGCUCUCGGAAGAGUAUCAGAAUCGGCUAAAAGUGCUCGAGCAGCUCGGAUUUGUCGAGCAGAAGAUGGUCAGUCUUCGUGGGCGAAUCGGCUGCGAGAUCCAUCACCAAGAGCUUCUGAUCACAGAGCUCAUUCUUGGCUUCAAAUUCCAUCAAAGAUCGCCAGCCGAACUGGCCGCCCUUCUCUCCACUCUCACGUGUCAGUAUAACAGUGGAAAAGAGAUGAACUUCCUGAAUGACACAGUAUUCAAAGAGGUGCUCAAGAGACUAUUGUGUUUUUAGCAGCAAGUUAUUUAUUUUCAGAUUAGCGACAGUGUGAAAGCGGUGAUGACGAAACUGGAAUCUGUGGCCGCCCGUCACAAGUCCCAAAUCUCGGAUCUCGGAUGCGAAAUUCGAUUCGAUCUGAUGGAAGUUGUGUACCACUGGGCAAGCGGAAUGGUUCGUUUUUGUGGCGAGAUCGCAUGGAACUAUGAUUGUUUUGCAGCCAUUCUCGCAGAUAAUGGAGAUGACCGACUGCCAAGAAGGACUGAUUGUCAAGUGCAUUCAACGGUUGGACGAGGUGUGCAAGGACGUUCGGAACGCCGGCCGCAUCGUCGGCGAUCCUGCUUUGGUAGAAAAAAUGGAAGAAGUGAGCGCCUCUAUCCGCCGUGACAUCGUCUUUGCCGCAUCCCUCUACACUACUGUCUGA